AUGAAGAUCCUUACGAAGGAGCAAGAGGAAGCACACUACGCUGCCGUUACGAAGGGCGGCCUCAUCGGUGGCAGCGUCGGCCUUGGCCUCGGUCUCUGCGGAGUCCUCCUCGCCUCCAAGCGCUUUAUAGCCUUCCGCAGCCUCACCCUGCCGUUCCGAACGUUCUUAGUCCAGUCUGCCGGCACAUUUGGCGCCGUCGUGAACGCCGAUCAAUCGUCCGCCGAGUUUCAUAAAGAUCAGAACCCCAUGUACUCAUACAAGAACCAGACGCAACGUAGCGAACUGGCCGCCCGAGAGAAUCAGUCUCUCUUAAAGCAUUUGGUCGCGUACGGUAGGGAAAAGCGCUACUCGAUUGUCUUUGCCUCGUGGCUUGUCUCCAUGGGCAUUGCUUUCGCGCUGGUGAACCGCUCUCCUAUGAAUGCUGCCAACAAGGUGGUUCAGGCUCGGAUGUAUGCACAGGGGCUCACGCUCAUCGUUCUUGUUGUCACAGCCGCUCUCGAGAUGAAUGAUGCUAAGAAGGGCAACGGGCUGUGGCAGACUGUCACGGUUGUCGAUCCAAAUGAUCCUGGUCGUGUGGUUGAGAAGAAAGUUCAUAAGGAGCAAUACGAAGGCCAGGACCUUUGGAAGGAUAUGGUUGCCGCCGAAGAAAGACGAUUGGCCAUGAAGAAGGCCGCAGACAAAGAGAUACGCGAGGAUGCGGCUAGCCAUGAGCCGUUGGUUAUUGUUCGCUAA